GGGGGCAGCGCGGCCAUGGCCAUGGCGGGCGCGGCGGGGGCUCGGGCCGUGCGCUGCGCGCUCUGCCGGGCCGGGCCGAGCCGCUGGUACCGCACCGAGCGCGGCGUGUACGGCUACAGACCGCGGCCCGCGGCGGGCGGGCGGGCGGAGGAGCGGCGCGGCGCCGGCAGAGCAGUUGACCAUGCUCUUGCUCGUUUAAUAACUGCCUAUGCUGAACAUGGCCACAAAGCUGCCAAAAUAAACCCACUGUUUGCCGGCCGAGCUGUUAUGAACAUGGUACCUGAAAUCCAAGAGCUGGCUGAAGUUCUUCAGGGUCCUCUCGUUACUACAGGACUUAUAAACAUGGGAAAAGAGGAGGCUUCUGUAGAGGAUGUGAUGGCUUAUCUUGACCAUAUAUACUGUGGGCAUAUUUCCAUAGAAACAAGCCAGCUUCCAACUUUGGAGGAGAGAGAAUGGUUUGCUAAAAGGUUUGAAGAGCUAAAGCAAGAAGCAUUUACACCUGAAGAGAAAAAGCACUUGUGCAAACUGAUGCUAGAGUCCCAGGAGUUUGAUCACUUCUUGGCCACCAAGUUUGCCACAGUGAAGCGAUAUGGUGGUGAAGGAGCAGAGAGCAUGAUGGGCUUCUUCCAUGAGCUGUUCAAGAUGUGUGCAUACAGCGGGGUCACAGAUAUCAUCAUUGGAAUGCCUCAUCGGGGGAGGCUUAAUCUGCUUGUGGGCUUACUUCAGCUUCCUCCUGAGCUCAUGUUCCGUAAGAUGCAUGGUUUGAGUGAAUUUCCAGAGAAUUCAGCAGCCAUUGGGGACGUUCUUUCCCACCUGACAUCUUCUGUAGAUCUGGACUUCGGCUCCCACAGACCUGUGCAUGUCACCUUGCUCCCCAACCCCUCACACUUAGAAGCCAUCAACCCAGUGGCUGUGGGCACGACACGAGCCAGGCAACAGACUCUGCUUGAUGGUGAUUACUCCUCAGAGAGUUCUGCACAGCCUGGGGACAAAGUUAUUUGCCUGCAGGUUCAUGGCGAUGCUGCUUUCUCUGGACAAGGGAUUGUUCCUGAAACACUGACCCUCUCUAAUCUACCACAUUUCAGAGUUGGUGGGAGCAUCCAUUUGAUUGUUAAUAACCAGCUGGGCUAUACCACUCCUCCAGAGCGAGGAAGGUCAUCUCUGUACUGCAGUGACAUUGGUAAAAUCAUUGGAUGUGCAGUUAUCCAUGUGAAUGGGGACGAUCCUGAGGAAGUUGUCCGUGCCACACGACUGGCUGUGGAGUACCAGCGCCAGUUCCGCAGGGACGUCAUUGUGGACUUGCUGUGCUACAGGCAGUGGGGCCACAAUGAGCUUGAUGAGCCCUUCUUCACCAACCCCAGCAUGUACAAAAUCAUCAGAUCCCGUAAGAGCAUCCCAGACAUGUACGCAGAGCACCUCACGGCUGCCGGGCUCAUGACUGAGGCUGAAGUGUCUGAGAUAAAGACCACAUGCUAUUCCAAGCUGAACGAUCACCUUGCCAACAUGACUUCGUACAGCCCACCCCCUACCAACCUGCAGGCUCACUGGAAAGGCCUCGUGGAGCCUUCUGCCAAAAUCACCACCUGGGACACGGGGAUGCCUGUGCCGCUCCUGCAGUUCAUUGGAGCCAAGUCUGUGCAGGUGCCCGAAGAGCUCCAGAUGCACAGCCAUCUCCUGAAGACCUAUGCUCAGUCAAGGGUUCAAAAAAUGGAGGAAGGAAAAAAGCUGGACUGGGCAACAGCUGAAACUUUAGCAUUUGGUUCUCUGCUGAGUCAAGGGUUUAAUAUCAGACUAAGUGGACAAGAUGUUGGCAGAGGAACCUUCAGCCAACGACACGUGAUGUUGGUUUGCCAAGAGACAGAUGAUACCUACAUUCCUCUGAAUCACAUGUCCCCAGACCAGAAGGGUUUCCUAGAGGUGAGUAACAGUCCCUUGUCUGAAGAAGCUGUGCUUGGUUUUGAAUAUGGAAUGAGCAUUGAGAGCCCUAAGUUACUGCCAAUUUGGGAAGCUCAAUUUGGAGACUUCUUUAAUGGAGCCCAGAUAAUAUUUGACACUUUCAUCUCUGGAGGUGAGGCUAAAUGGCUUCUGCAGAGUGGGAUAGUAAUUCUUCUUCCCCAUGGCUAUGAUGGUGCAGGCCCUGAGCACUCGUCCUGCCGGAUGGAACGGUUCCUACAGAUGUGUGACAGCUCAGAAGAGGGUGUUGAUGGUGACCAGGUCAACAUGUCAGUUGUGCAUCCCACCACCCCAGCACAGUAUUUCCAUCUACUCCGGAGGCAAAUGGUCCGAAACUUCAGGAAACCUCUCAUUGUUGCUUCUCCCAAAGUGUUACUCAGGCUUCCAGCUGCUGUAUCAAGUUUUGAAGAAAUGGCCCCAGGGACCACAUUCAAGCCUGUCAUUGGUGACUUCUCAGUAGAUCCUAAAAGUGUCACCCAAGUGGUGCUGUGUUCUGGAAAGCAUUACUAUGCUCUGGUGAAGCAAAGAGAAACACUGGAAGAGAAGCAGCACAGCACAGCUAUUCUGAGACUUGAAGAGCUUUGUCCUUUCCCCCUGGAAGCUCUGCAGCAAGAGUUGAGCAAGUACAGCCAUGCAAAAGUCUUCAAAUGGAGUCAGGAAGAACCACAGAACAUGGGUCCAUGGUCCUUUGUGUCUCCACGGUUUGAAAAGCAGCUGGGGCUUAAGGGUGAAGUUGGCACCUCCUUGCUCUUCUCAGUUACCUGUGCAAGCAAUGCCUAAGUAAUCCAAACUCACUGUGAGCCAGAGACAUUUCUGAAAAGAAACAAGUGGGGUUUAACUGGACCCAGCACUUGUGGAUGGAAAGUCAUGGUAGGUGAGAAAAAGCAGGUUACAGGCAGGGUGUGCAUUCACUUGGGGAGACAGCUCCCAAAAUCAUCUCUGAAGGCUGCUUUAGUAUUUCAUCCUAGUUAAUUGACAUACUCAUUCAUGAACUUCAUGCAACCCAGAAGUUAUCUCUGUAACCUCUGUUCUGUCACGUUUCACAUCGCUGCAUUAGCACAUCCAUCACAGCAACAUGAAGUCAUGUUUCUCCCACUUUGCUCUAGCAAACUGCACAACCUCCUGCACAUCCUGAACAGCUUUAUCUAAUCAAGGCAUAUUCUGCUUUAAAUUUCUGCUGAUAACUAGAAAAAGGAGGCUGAAGAGUAACGUUGCUUUGGCUGCAGCUGUAGCCAAGGAAGUUGUAGAGCACAGUCACCAGCCUUGACUGCACACUGAUGAUUACAUAAACCCACAGUUUUAGUGCACACAAGGGAAGAACAGAGCCCAUGUUUUGAGUUUCACGUGGUCCAAACCUGACCUUGUUAUGCACCAUUCCCCCACAGGCUGUGCAGGUCUGGUUAUCUAACCAAAUAAAGGAUGCUCAAGUGUUCUGACCCUGUUUGAUCCUCCUGGUGGGAGACAAAGCCAUUUCUGUAGUGCUGCUUGGCUCAGUGCCCCCAGCCCCAUCAGUGUGCCACAAAGCUCCCCAGUGAUCUGGGGUAGGAAGGAAGAGCUUGAGCACAGCUUUCCUGGGGUAGGAGAGCUUGAGCACAGCUUUCCUGGGGUAGGAAGGGAGAGCUUGAGCACAGCUUUCCUGGGGUAGGAAGGGAGAGCUUGAGCACAGCUUUCCUGGGGUGGGAGAGCUUGAGCACAGCUUUCCUGGGGUAGGAGAGCUUGAGCACAGCUUUCCUCAGUCAGCUGCCACAGACUGCCUGCAGAACACUGCUCUUGCAUGAUGGAUAACAGCUCCCAGGAGCAAGGCAAAGCGCGUGCCGACUGAGGGGCUGACGCUGUUUCUCCCAGCAAUUCUGGAUGCACACAUUCCAUCUGUGUGCCUUGCUUUUCUCUGCAUGCCAGCUGGGACACCCUGCACAGUGCUGGAUUGCUUUUGCUUUGGGGAAAAGAGAAGCAGGAAUUAGAAUGGAACCAUAGAAUAUCCUGAAUUAGAAGGGACCCACAAGGAUCAUCGAGUCCAGCUCCAGGCCCUGCACAGGACACCCCAAGAGUCACACCCUGUGCCUGAGCUGCUACACAGGCUGAGUAACAGAGCAGGUCCCAGCCCUUGGACAGGAAAUUCUGUGGAUCAUUAACACAAGGAGAGGUGAGGUUUAUGUGCUGUUAGAUAGCAAGGAGCUAACUAGAGAAAGAGUUACAGAAUUUGUGCAUUGUGGUGUGUCAGGAUUUUCAGGGAGAAGUGCAGGACUAGUAGGGAAAACAGUAAAGACAUGAAGGAAUGAGCUCUUAUGUUGAGCAGUUCAUUAAAGGGAGCAAAAGCUCUCAGAAAGAAAACACACCAGGAAAACGUAUUAAAACAAGUAUUUUGGUACCAGUGAUGUUAUUUUAGAUUUAAAAAAUACAGUCUGAACUUUGAAGAUGGAAAAUUCUGAACACAGUGGUAUUUUGAAUAAGCAAAGAAAACAGUACUGCAUUUUUAUUUUUUUUGCUUCUGUCAGUGAAGAAGGUGACAUAGAAACAUUUGUUCAGCACACCUGAAAUGGUGUAUCUGUGUGAGUAUGGACUGAAGAAAUUUCUGGACUUUUUAUCAAUCAUCAAAACAGUUGCCAGUAACUUAGACACAGGAGGGAUUGCUAACACAACCUGUAAUUUAAUGAACUUCUCAAAUAAGUAUGACUAAAAAUCUGAAUGAAGGGUGAUUACAAGAAACUUCCUGAAGCUUAGCUACUAACCCAGCUAUUAUUUGGAGAUUAUGAUCUACAGGUACACUGCCAGGCAUGAUAAUUACGGGCAUUUGUCAGACUGUACAAGAACUCUAGGUGAAAGUAAUUGCUACGGAGUUGCUCAUUAGUAUUUGUUAAGUUAUGAGUAUAUAGAACUGGAAGAAAAAACUUUUCUAAGUGAUUUCAGAUAAGGGAAGCCAUUGAACAAAGUUGUUUUGGUAUUGUAGCAAGGUCUUAGUUAAGAGGAUUUCGUAGUGAAUUCUGAAUAAAAUCCAAAAUAUAGAUUCAAGGUUUUGGAGGAGCCCUAAUGCUUCACACAUUUUGUGUUCUCUGUUGGAAAUUUAACCUAAUGCAGGAAGAAUUCAAGCCUGUGCAUCAGAACAGUUAUUCAGAAAGAAUAAGUACUAUUUUUAAUGGUCAUAUCUAAAUCUUGCAAUAAAUUCGGAUGAUCCUAA